CUGCUGCCUUUUAUUGAUCUCAAUGUGGUAUGCCCCUUUCCAGUUAAUAAUUAAUGCAGAAUCGUUUUUGUGCCGCAACAGAAAAUUGUGAAAUUCGUGCACUUCCUGGCAAUAAAAGUGAGCGAAAAGUGAGCGAAAAGUGAAGCCAAAAUUGAGAAGGCAAAGUGCUGAAAAAAACACAGCUAAAUAAAAAGUGAAAAAGUGAAAAAGAAGGACGACAGGACGACAGGACAACGCCGUCGGCAACGCAAAUCGCCAACCGAAUCCAACUGACAUCCGUUCCGAAGAUAAACAAUUAAAAAAAAUACAAAUAAAAAUAACAACAGAAAAAAAACAGCCUGGAAAAAUUGUAAAUAAAAGUACAUUUGUUUUUCAAUUAAACAAAAGUCCAUGCGAGCUUCGAUUGUUGCAAGUUGCGGCAAGCGGUGCAGCGGCUGUUGCAGCUUAACGCAGCUGCCACACGAGCGGGAGUGCCUGUAAUGCCGGCCACCGGCGGUUGCAAGUCUGUCGUGUGUGGGGCCAUGUGGGGCAUGUGGGGCAAGUGGGGCAAGUGCUCGACCCGCAGGAUAAUGGAUUAUUCGCAGACAAAGUGUUUGAUUCUCUCGUUUCUGUGCGCUUUGAGUGCCGCUCGUGCUGAAGGCGAAAUCAUAUUCCGGAUUGAUCCCUUGGCUCUUUUAUCGGCCACACUGCGCACAUAUCAGAAAGCGGCCUGUGAUACGGAUCAGGUGGUAAUUGCUUGCCCGCGCGGCACCAGCAUCUCAAUUGAAUUUGCCCAGUACAACAAGUUCGUGGCGAAAGAUGGCUACAGCAUAGAGGAGCUGUGCCCCAUCACAGGCACCGUUAGGCCCGAGAUCCGUGGCAAGGCGAAGCAUCUACUGCGAGGCUCCAUCUUUGGUUCCUCCAAUCAGAAAGUGCCCGCCAAUCGGUAUGUGAAUGGCGGCUAUGCCAUCGCCAUGGAGGUGCCAACUCCAGUUGCCACAAUAACGAGUCCAACCGGCACCGAAUCUUCAACGGAUGAUGCUCUAAAUAGCGACAGUUCCUCCUCCUCCUCAUCCUCGUCUCCGGAGAACUGUAUGUGGCCCAAUGCUCUUCAGUACUCCUUGCUGCAGACCGUGGUGGAGGCUUGCCAGAAGAAGAAGCACUGCAAAUUUCACGGCUCCCCGCAGUUCUAUGGACUGGGCGCCAGCGGAGUGGGCGAUUCAUCCGGCACCAGCAGCUAUCACAGCAGCACGGCCAGCUCCAAUGCAAUCAGCAGCGAUCCCUGUCCCAAGCGACGCAAAAUUGUUGAAGUCGCCUACAAAUGUCGUCCAUAUGAGUUUCGCAGCAAGGUGGCUUGUCAUAACGAUGUCGCACAGUUGGAGUGCAACCCGUACUCAAGAAUUGCCGUGUACAGCGCGAGUUUCGGACGCACGGAGUACGAAAGCAUUCAAUGUCCUCAGCCACAGGGAGUGCGAGAGGAGACGUGCCUGGCAUCGUUUGCCACGGAGACUGUGAUGCAAAUUUGCCAUGGACGAAGGCGUUGCAACCUGGCAGCAGAUGCGAAUACUUUUGGCACUCCCUGUCAGCCCAACUCACGAAUGUAUCUGAAGGUUGUUUACACAUGCGUGCCCAAGCAAGUGCUCAAGGAGAGCAACGAGUCCGAAGUGGAGGCCGACGAGACGGAGGACUUUGAGGGCGACAUCAACGACCUGUAUGACGACGAGCUCAUCUACAAGGAGUCGGAAGCGAUUCCCAAGCUCUACAGCAAUACCACGAAAACAUCUCAGGGCAAUGGAACCAACGGCAGCAGCACUAGACUCCAAACUAACUCCAAUCCAGAUGGCAUUCAGAGCAUGACAAACGGCUCACUGGAUGCAGAUACCCACGAUGGCAGUGGCGUCAAUCCCGUGAUGACACACAGCUCCGACCUAAGCCUCGAGGACGACCAGCAGCGUUUCUAUUUGUAUCUGUUAAUCGUCGGAUCGGUGGGAGUUCUCUUCUCCAUUGUCAUUGUCGCCACGCGUCUUGUCCUGCAGAAGCGAAGGAUGGGAAGCGACUCUCACUCCAACUCCUCGACAAAGGGAGGCGGCACUGGAGGAUUGGCCGAUGAGACGACCAUUCCCAGUGGCUUUAAUGACACCAUUUCCGAGAUAGACGCCGACAUUGAUCUGACCACAUCGAUUCCUGUGCCCAGUGUGUCCAAGAACGAGAACUACAUUACGUAUGCACCUGCUGGAAGUCUCUAUGCCAGCCUCGGUCCCAAUCAAUUAACCACAGUGGGAGCAACGGCAACGACAGCUGGCUUGAUUCCCAGCUCUCUCCUGGUGGGAGCUCGACAGUCGCCGGAUCUGAUCGGCAUCUCUGCCAACUCCUAUGUGGCCACAAGCAGCGCAGGCACUGUUAAUCCUGGCCAGGCACAAAUGACUGGUAUUUUGGCUCCUGCCAUUGUAAUUGGCGCUAAUGGACCCGGAGGUCCUUUGCCCGGCAGCAGCGGCAUAAACACCAUGGUACCGAUUACUUCACUGACCCAAUACACCACAGCACCCACAAUCCGAGGAGGCUAUCUCAUCAAUGCCGAGAGCGUGGGCGUGCUCCAAAGACCGAGCAACACACCGACGCCGCCUUCGUCUUUGGCGAGCGGUUCCCCGGCGCAUCCUGCGGCUCAGCAGACACCGACAACAUCGCCGUUGGCCAUGACACCGCUGAGUCAUGUCCAGGCGCCAGGCACAUCCACAUUGAGACGGGCAAAGCCGGGCACGACUGCCAUGCUGCAUCCUCAGCUCUCCUACGACGGCACGGCACCAAGGACCCUCUCAACUGGUUUGUCCGUCAGCUCGCAGUUCUAUUACGGAUGACCCAGCACCGUGGAUUGUGAACCUCAUGUCUAUACCACGACCAUCAGUGUGACCUCCCCCAAUGUCCAGAGUUAUGCCAGGCAGAAUAUGCCAGCCAAUCCCUCCGCUGACUCCGAUGUUGAGGCAACUCUGGCACCCUAGCUGGAAGCCAUCAAAAGUACCGCACAAGACAAUACAAAUCCACAGGGGACAAUUGCAAACAACAAGUCGAAUUCAUCCGAAAAACCGGAGCAGGUGUGUACGGAGUGAGUGAAAGGACAACACUAAAUAAUGAUGAUGAUCAUGAUGUCUGUUUUUAAAAGAUUUAUUUAAGCUAAGGCAUACUCGUAUAUAAAUGUAUUCCAAUGGACGAGCUUCCUGUAAAUGUAAAUUAUGAAUGUGUGCAACAGACAGACGACUACUUGAAUAACUUUAGGAUAAAUCUCUGUUUCUCAUAGCGACUUCUAGGGUAGAACAAUGUUAAGCUUAAGCUCAAAUAAAACUCUUUGUCUGUGGCAUUGAAUUUUCCAAGCAAA